CCACUCAGAGACUGGGCAAAUGAACCGGAACGGUAUAACUGAGUGAAGAUCUGAGUGGAUCAGGAAGCCGGAGCUGGAGUGUCCUUGUGCUGCUGGUCUGAGUGUAGUUUCAGCUGUUCAUCAUGUCUAGGCACAUCAUGGCUUUGAGGCAGGUGUUCAGUAGAACAUUCUCCAGCAGUGUUCGCAGGCAGGUUGAAAACAAAGUACCAGCCAAUCAGAAGAUGUUUCAGGAGGACAAUGGAUUGCCUGUUCACUUGAAAGGGGGUGCUAAAGAUGCUCUCUUGUAUAGGGCGACAAUGGCCCUCACAGUCUUUGGAAGUGGAUUUGUGAUAUACGAAUUGCUUGGAGCAGCCAUGCCUAAGAAGAAGGAAUAAAAUGCUCUUUUUUCCAUGUGUCAGAAUUCCCUUAUUCACUUGUGAACAUUGCCUUUUUGCAUACAUGGGAUCAAUAUUUAUUGAUUGAUCUGUGGAUCACUCAUAUGUAAUAAAGUGUCCAAUUUAUCUGAA